AUGGCGUCGAGUGACAAGAAGAAAGAAGCCCAGCAAGCGACUAUUUGCUCGGCUGAGGAGGUCUCCUCCUGUCAAGUCGAUGAUAGUCAAGAGUCUGUCCGCCGCGCAUCGCAGGGCGCGCAUCGCGGAUUUUCGUCAUCCAUGCUCCUGGGAUCGUCCAGGCUGCACUUCGUUAGCCCGAGAUUUCCUGUUGGCCAGCUGCACGGAACCGGGGGCUGCAUCGAGUCAGUAAAAGCUGAUCCCUUGAGCAAUCCAGCGCGGGCUGUCGGAUCGGCAUUCAGCUUCCAGUCUCGUGUGACGUUGAAACUUGUCGCCGACUCCUAUCUUCAGCGGACUGAGAGGGGGGCGGAUGAGGGGGGGAAAGAGAAGGUCCUAGCUCUCUCACUCACUCUCACUCUCCGCCUCCUCCUUGGAGGAAGCAAAGAGGGAAAAAGAGGGGGAGAAGGAGUAGCAGGAGAAGGAGGUCCUUGUCCCGAAAGGCAGUUAACGGUUUGGCGAGAACAAUCCCGAGAGCAAAGAGAGGGAUGA